GUUAAGCAUAAUACCUAUUUGAUUUGAUGAAAAUUAUUAUCUAUCACAUUUAUCUAAAUUCGAUGGUUCUACAUUAUAAUAAUUGCAUUCGGAUCCUUAUAUAAAUGACCAGGGUUUUUUACAUGUUCAUUUAGCUACCCACAAUAACAUGAAAGAGAUAAUAAAAAUUAUUCUUAUGAUAAAUGCUAUCAAUUACGCGUUUGCAAGUAUACGUACACAAGAUGAAAGUUAUGAUAAUGAGAUACAAAAAAUUGAAAUGCUUAGUACGCUCAUUACAAAGAACUUACAACCCAAUGGAAGAAAUAUAUUUCUCUUUGCUGGAGUAUUUCCAGACCAACUGUACAUAGAAUUGAAAAGGAUGAACGUCUGUUUUACUGUAACGGAUAUUGAGAAAAUAGAUGAACAAAUAGAAGAUGUCGUACCAUACCCUUCAAAUACUAUAGUUCUUAAUUGCUAUACAUUAAAACAAUUUGAAAAUGCUAUGCUUAAACUCGUUACUCUGCCAUACUGGCAUCCGCUUGCAAACGUUAUUUUGUUUUAUCAUUUUCCAUAUGACAAACUUGCAAUCGCAAAUAUAUUUUUUGCCUUUUGGUAUUUUAAAGCUAUUAACGCUAUAAUAAUGCAGUAUGAUGAUAUGGAAAAAGUUAUGUAUAUAUCUUAUUACAAUCCUUAUAUAAGCGAAUAUUUUAUGCUCGAAAAUAAUUUCGGUUGUUGGACAACAAGAAAAGUUUCGAUACCCGUUAGAAGUUUUGAAAAUGGAUUUCAAUGUGAGCUGGGUUGCUAUAACGUCUCAUUGCAUUCAAAAUUCCGAACAAAUAACCUAGGAACCUGCAUCGGAUUUGAAACCUAUUCUAUCAAAUACGGCGAGAAAGAGGCUGUAAAGGAUCUUAAAGUAUUUCAUGAUGUAAGCAAGGAUUUACACAACUAUACCAUGAUCGGUUUCGCUGUACAGAUUAAGCCGUUUCUGGAAAUUGACAAUCUUGGCAAUGGGUCCUAUUUUUUGCGUAAAAGAGAUGGAAAUAUUUGGAAUACGAUGGCAAGACUUAUGAAUUUUACAAUAGAUAUUUCCAUCAACAAAGAUGUGCUAUACGAUACAUUCAAUUACGAAAUGAAUAUUAGAGAAAUUGUCUAUUUUACACAAAGGAAAAGAGACUUGAACUUAGUACCGUUGUAUCAAUUUGAUAUAAUGGUCGUCGAAGUGGAUAACACCGUGCCCUUUGCGCAUAGUGGAGUAUGUUUCAUGUCUCAUCGGGCCGAUUUUGAAACGGAUGUAUUUGAUAGCAAUUUAUUUACAAAUAAUUAUAAUAUAAUUAUCGAGUUCUUGCUCUGCUUCUUCUGCACUUGGAUAGCAUUUGUUAUCUUUACUAUAGAACAAACGAAAACAUUUACAUUAGAUCAGCUUGGAAAAGAUCUCGUCAAUUGCUUUAGAACUGUACUUUCAAUUAGUUUACAUAAACCACCGAAGCGAGGUAGUUUUAGAAUUUUUCUAUCAAUAGCAAUUUGGUGUUUCUUUGUUAUUAAUUUUUCUUCACAAGCUGCAAUCAUAUCUUUAUUUUCUGUACUAAAGAAGGGAAAAGAAGUUGAUACAUUUGAAGAUAUUUUAGCUAAAGAUUAUAAGAUAGAAGGAAUCGCGUCGCCAGACGUGGUGUUACCUGAUAAUGAAGAGCGAUUUAGGAAAAUUAAUAGUAAAGUGGUUGCUGUACAAAAUAUGUUUACUUGUCCAAAUCGUUUGAAAAACGAUAGCCAAAGAUUCUGUAUAAUUGAUUGUGCUUUUGGUCGUUAUUUGGAAAGGAAUUGGUUAAACGAUAAAGGAGAGCAGUAUUUGCAUGUAGCGAGACAAGACAGAAUACACAGUCACUAUCUUCAAAUGAUAUUACCAAAACACUCACCAAUAACAGAAAGAUACAAUAAAUAUAUGUUAGGUCUAUUCGAAGCUGGUUUAAUUAAUAAAUGGAUGGAAUACCGAUUUAAUGAUAUUAAAGAGGAAGCGCCUGUCAAGGCUUUAGGAAUUAAUGAUCUGAAAGGAAUAUUUCAGUGUUAUUGUUUUCUUCUUGGCGGCUGUAGUCUGGUAUUUAUAAUAGAAUUUAUCUCAGGUAUGAGAUUUUGGUAUAAAGUAACUAAUGCCUGGUUUAUACGAGCUUCGUACUAAGAGCUUAUUGCUUGUCACUUAGCUAAGGCGCAAUAAUUGCCCUCAUAAUAAUUGACAAGUAGGUACCUACGA